AUGGCACCGCGCUCCAGUCAGCACAAGAAGAGCGAAAAGUUUGGCCAUCUGCCUCUGUCUACUUCGGGGCCGCAGAAGACUACUCUUACAGGAAAUGCCCUCCUACAAACGCCAUACUUCAACAAGGGAACCGCCUUCACUGCUGAAGAACGGGCAAUCUUCAAGUUACAUGGUCUCAUGCCUGACAAUGUCCAGACACUUGAUGAACAAGUGCGCCGCGCGUACGAACAGUACAAAUCCCGACCUAGCGACAUCGCGAAGAACACGUUCAUGACAAGUCUGAAAGAGCAGAACGAGGUUCUGUACUACAGACUCAUCCUUGAUCAUUUGAAAGAGAUGUUCUCGGUUAUCUAUACACCGACUGAGGGCGAGGCCAUCGCAAAUUACUCGAGGCUCUUCCGGAAGCCCGAAGGUUGCUUCCUCAACAUCGGCGACGCCGACCGCGUAGAGGAUGAUAUCAGACAAUGGGGCAAUCCUGAGGACAUUGACAUUAUCGUUGUUAGCGACGGUCAGCAGAUCCUGGGUAUUGGGGAUCAAGGCGUCGGGGCUAUCCUCAUCAGCGUAGCCAAGCUGGUGAUAUAUACACUCUGCGCAGGGAUCCACCCGUCGCGGACUCUGCCUGUGGUAUUGGACUGUGGUACAGACAACAAAGAGCUACUCGAUGAUGACCUCUAUCUUGGCCUGCGACAGCCCCGUGCUAGUGGCGAAGAGUACGACAAGUUCGUGGAGAAGUUUGUCACUGCUGCUAAGAAACGAUUCCCGAGAGCCUACAUUCACUUCGAGGACUUUGGUCUGAACAACGCGCGCAGGAUUCUUGAUAAGUACACACCCGAGAUCGCCUGCUUCAAUGAUGAUGUGCAGGGAACAGGUUGUGUGACUUUGGCUGCUGUCAUGGCGGCCUUUAAGGUCAGUGAGACAAAGUGGGAUGAUGCGCGCUUUGUCAUGUUUGGAUCCGGCACUGCAGGUACAGGAAUCGCGGAUCAGAUCACAGACGCUAUAUCGCAGCGAACCGGCAAGUCGAAAGAGGAGGCUGGAAAGCAGAUCUGGUGUGUUGAUAAGCCAGGUCUUCUGCUGGAAGGCAAAAAAGACCAGCUCACUCCAGCUCAGGUCGGAUAUGCCCGUAAAGAUAGCGAGUGGGAAGGUAAAGAUCACGGCGAUUUGCUCUCUGUGGUGAAGGAAGUGAAACCACACGUUCUCAUCGGCACAUCGACCAAGCCUGGUGCUUUCACAGAGGAAGUCGUGCGAGAGAUGGCGAAACACGUCGAUCGUCCAGCCAUCUUCCCCCUGUCGAAUCCCACAAGGUUGCAUGAGGCAAAGCCCCAAGAUCUGUAUGAAUGGACUGACGGUAAGGUACUGGUCGCUACUGGCUCGCCUUUCGAUCCUGUAAAGCACGACGGCAAGGAAUAUGAAAUUUCUGAAUGCAACAACUCUGUAACUUUCCCUGGUAUUGGCCUUGGCGCGGUCCUCAGUCGAACACGCCUCAUGACACCCGCGCUCCUCGUGGCUGCAGUCGAAGCGCUAGCCGCCGCAGCGCCAGUUGUUACCGGCUCCGGUUCAGGCCUGUUACCAGACGUAGAAGAUGUACGUGAGAUCAGUGUUCAGAUCGCCAAAAACGUCAUCAAGAAAGCUGUCGAGGACGAGCUAGCUCAGGAAAAAGACAUCCCGACCAACGACGACGAACUGGAAGAGUGGAUCCGCGAGCAGAUGUGGAAAGCAGAGUACCGGCCGCUGGAACUAGUCGACCACAAAGAGGCGGAUGCUCAUGCCAAGGGAGAGAUGGGGACGGGUAGCCAACAGAGAGAGGCACGCUUCUAG